CUGAGGUUCUUAUAACUGGCCGACGUCCUGUUUUAUUAAGGUAGUUAGUAGUAGUUAAUAGGUAGUUAUUAAGGUGCGUGAGUACGGAAAUCCGCAAGUUGGGUCUCCAAAACGAAGUUGAAUGCAUAAUGAAUAAAGGGAGCACUGAACCCUGAGUGUGGAAGACGCUAAAGACGCUAUAUUUGAUAUGCGCACAAAAGAGGAGAAAUUAGUCAAUGGGGAAAUCUGACAACGAAACCGCAGGUGCUGAAACGGACAGCUCCAAGCACAGCGUCCGUGCUCUCACCGGGUGCGUCCUGUUCAUCCUGAUCGUCUCCACGCUUUUUGGGAAUACGCUUGUGUGCGCCGCUGUGAUCAAAUUUCGACACCUUAGAUCUAAAGUGACUAACUUUUUUGUAAUCUCCUUGGCGGUGUCGGAUCUAUUCGUGGCCAUUCUUGUGAUGCCGUGGAAGGCUAUGUCUGACGUGGCCGGCUACUGGAUCUUCGGCAGCUUCUGUGAUACCUGGAUAGCUUUUGACAUCAUGUGCUCCACCGCGUCUAUUCUCAAUCUUUGUAUAAUAAGUAUGGACCGAUACUGGGCAAUUUCGAGCCCUUUUCGAUAUGAACGUAAAAUGACUCAAAGGUUUGCUUUCGUUAUGAUCGGAGUGGCAUGGACCCUCUCCAUUCUUAUCUCCUUCAUUCCCGUCCAGCUCAAUUGGCACAAGUCAGAGGAGGAAAUGGAAACAGUGGACGACACAAAUCAAAUCAACCAAAUAGAGGACUGCAACGCAAGCUUGAAUAGCACGUAUGCCAUAUCCUCCUCCUUGAUAAGUUUUUACAUUCCCGUCGUUAUUAUGGUUGGCACUUAUACACGAAUUUACCGGAUUGCGCAAACCCAGAUCCGGAGGAUCUCAUCCUUGGAGACAGCCGUGGAACACGCACAGAACAAUCAGCAAGCAGCCGAGAAAACAAACUCAUUAAAAACAACCUUUAAAAAAGAAACGAAAGUUUUGAAGACGCUCUCUAUCAUUAUGGGAGUGUUUGUAUUUUGCUGGCUGCCUUUUUUCGUGGUCAACUGCAUAGUACCUUUUUGUGACAUUAACAAUCGUGGUGACCGCCUGUGCGUAAAUAACACCACGUUUGACAUGUUUGUGUGGUUUGGAUGGGCAAACUCAUCGUUAAACCCAGUCAUAUACGCUUUUAAUGCUGAUUUCAGAAAAGCAUUCUCCACCAUUCUGGGCUGCAAAAGAUACUGUCCCAGUUCUGUAGAAGCUGUCCAUUUAAGUAACGAGUUGAUGUUUUACCGCCACGACACUACCAAUGCCUCUGCGCAUUGUGCGCAACGCCUGCCCAUGGCCUCACACGGGGAAGAUUUGGACCUACCAUUUGACAAAGUCUCCGUUGUCUCUAAUACCUCACGUAACCAAAGAAACAUUAUCCUGCCUGCAAUACUGCAGCUUGAAUGUGAAGCAGAAAUAUCAUUAGAUAUGAUGCCUUUCCCCUCAACUAGACCCAGUGAGUGUAAUGUGAUUCCAGGUCAAGUUGAGGAUCUGUGAAACAAGUCUACAUUUUGCUAACUUUGUGUCUUUUUUUAUGUUUGAUCUACAAAAGGGCAGUUAUUAUCCCUAUAUUCUGACAUCCCGAUGGUUUUAUAGUGUGCAAUAUUCGGGCAUAUCAGUGUACAUAAAAGCAUUGGUACAAACCCCAAGUAAUUGAGUUGAAGAUGAAAAAGAAAAAGAUUACACUGACCAAUAAA